UGUCUCCUCAUAGAGAAAUGCAAUUCGAUGCUUACUCCGUUCGUUUGACUGAAAAUGAGGAACAUGAUACCGAAGUUCAACCAGUGCUUGCAGAAACUGUCAUCGACCUUUCCUCUUCUUUUAACUGCGAAACAGAACGUCAAACACAAUCCCGACAAUCCGAUUUCGAGCAAAGCAAUAAAGAUGAAGAAACCUACGGGGAGGCCAGAGAAGAGCAGAACAACAUGAAUGAUAUCAUAAACUCUCAAUCACAGUAUGACGAAUCUCAUGAACAAGCUUCCGACGAAGAUCUUGCUAACCCAACAAAAGUUGCAAUUCUACCUGAGAAAACAUCAAUUGAGGAAGAAACUGAAAUCCAGGAAGAACAAGAAUCUGUGCAUAGCCAAACACAAGAAACUAAUACAACAUCAACAUCUGAGUAUAUCGGGAUCAGGAGAUCUCAACCUUCACAAGAUGAAGAACAUUCAUCCGAUGAUCAGCAGAGAUUUGAGGAGGCAUUCAUCUCCUCAUCAACAUCAGUGCUCAACCCCACGGUAGAUAUUAUGGCGCAACAAACAAUUGAAAACCAAGAAGAUGCUGAAGAAAAAAUCUGCAGUUCACAUUCUCCCGUUUCUUCAGAGAUUCAUCACCAUUCUGAUGUUUAUUCAGCCCAUUCCACUCAGAAUGAGGAAUCACAUAUCGAGAAUACUGAUUCUCCUAUUCCUUUCUCGAAUGAGGAACAGAGUGAAAAACGUCAUACAGAAGGUGAACCUGUGCGUGAAGAAACUAACGUCAGCUUCCACCCUGUUUCAAACUGGGAGACUGAACCUAAGGCAGAUUCCGGGAUCGCCGCGUAUGAGCAGAACAGUGCAGAAGACGUCAGUGAUAUUGCCGAAAACAGCUCUGAGGCUGAUGUCUUUACAGAGAAACAUUCAACCGUUUCUGAAGAAGAGAACGAAAAUAUCGUAAUGACUGAUGAAUCACAAACGACUAAAUUUUCUGAACCUUUUACCUCACACGUAAUCGAAGCUUCAGAAUAUGGAGGUUCUAACCCUUAUGAAGAGGUGAAGGAUGAAGUAAUGCUACCAGAAAGUUCAGAUACCGAUGUGGAAGAUUCCAGUGUUGGUUUCGGUGACAGAGCCUUGAGUUUCGCCAAGAAAGCUGGAGCUAUCGCAGGAGCAGCAGUUGUAGCUCCUGUUGGUAUAGCAGCCUUGGGAGCCAAAGCAGCUUAUGAAGCAAUAAAGGAGCAUGGACAAUCUUCCUCUUUGCAUUCUCCAGAAGAUGAGUAUUCCCAAAAUGGGAUUGAUGACACUAUGAAUGAAAUAUCCCAAACAUCUCAUGAUCAACAGAUUGUUAUUUCUGAAGAACGAUUCCAGGAGCACAAUUACGGUCCGGAGUCGAUUAGCGAUGAAAGAGAGAAGCAAAUGGAAGCCUCAACUACAAGUUCACUCGAUGAAGAGAGACUGGAGUUUGGCUCUGAGUCUGACCGCAAAAAUGAUUUGAUUACAACUACAACAGUUCCAGCAAUACUUGAUACGUUAGAAAGCAGUAACGUCGAAGCAGGAAAUAA